AUGCAGAUUCAGGUACAAGCUAACAAAGUGGCUCUUGAGGCUCCUCGCCGCUCCUUUGGUGGGAGAGAUGAUGCGUGGAGGCAUCGCUUGACUUCUCCUCCGUAUCAUGGCUCUGCCUCAGGGUGGCCUUCUGCUGCUCCUGUGACUUUGGCUCCUACUGCUGGUGAUGGCUCUGGGUGGCCUACUGCCAUCACCUCCAAGUUUCCACGUUUGAGGAAGGAGAAGAAGAUAAAGACCCUGAAGAUGGGUGCGAACGGCUUCUCUUGCAAGGACCCCAAAAUUGUUUCAGCAGAGGGCUUCUUCUUCAGCGGGCUUCGACUAGGGGACACGAGCAACGCCGUAGGGUCUAACGUAACAGCAGCCAACGUUAACCAGAUUCCGGGGUUAAACACACUGGGAAUAUCGUUGGUCCGCAUAGACUACGCUGUGGAUAGAAUUAAUUCUCCUCACACCCAUCCAAAAGCCUCAGAAAUCCUGGUUUUACUUAAAGGCCAACUACUAGUGGGAUUCAUCGAUAUAACAAGCAAGUUUCACAGCAAGGUGUUGAAGAAAGGAGACGUGUUUGUGUUUCCCAAGGGAUUGCUACAUUUCCAGCAUAAUGUGGGGCAUCGAAAUGCGGUGGCUAUCUCUGGGUUGAGCAGCCAAAAUCCAGGAGUUCAGGUUACUGCCAAUUCCCUCUUUGCAGUAAAUCCUCGUUUGCCAGAUGGUGUAUUAACCAAGGCCUUCCGCAGUGAUAAAACAGUAGUCGAUUUCAUUCAGGGCAAAUUCAUGUAA